ACACAACAACCAAAAAGUCAACAGCAUUACGCGACAUUGGCGUGCGAGGUUAUAAUAUGUCUUGAUCUAGAGCAUUCAAAAGCAAUAAAGACAUUGCUUUUAAAUCUGAAUGAGGAUGAAAGGGCAUUGAUCAGCCCCAGGGACUGGAUUGACAAUGCGUCACAGAAAAGAAAAUUGGACUUCACAAAUGAAUCAAAUUUGUUGACUCCUUUAUUAAUACGGACGCAGCUUCACAAAUGUGCUAAAUUUGUUGCCUCGUUUAUUCAAAAAUGUUUCUUACGAAACUAUAAAACAUUCUCGCUCUUACCAACUCCACCACAACCUUCUGCUCGACAAUUAGAAGAUGAACGAAAAGAAGAAUGUAUUUGUGCAGUUAGUAGUAUGAUGGGAAGUCACACCCAAAGUUGGCAUGGGUGGUGCGAGAGCAAUUCAUUUUUUGCUGGACUCGUUGGUUUAACUGAGGAUAAACGAAGCUACUUAGUAUUUUGUAUGUCACCUGAUGGAAAUGUAGUUCAUUGUGAGCACCCUUGGGAGAAAAUUGAUAGUGGCAACACUCUACCGGGUUGUUAA